CAAUUUGAAAGGGUAUAUUGUGUUUUCCAGUCAGUUUCCCUAUAUUCUACCUAGAAAUGGAGUUAAAACAGCAUAAACAAGUUAAAUCAAUCCAAAUUUCAGAAAUGUAUAUCGAAUCUGUUAGUUGUUUAAAUUGUUGAGAUUAUAAUGUGAGAUUCUAUGCUCCUCUGUGCAGCAGAGGGGAACAAAACAGCAGAAAGGGGAAAGGCAGAAGAUAUAUUGGCCAUGUGAUGUGUUGCACAUUUAAUUCUCACACCAGACUGCUUAGACUUUUUUCUCCCCCUGCAUUUCUAUAGCGAAAAGAUUUCGAAAGAAGCCACUUCCUAGCUAGUCACAUAAUGGCCUUUGAACACAUACCACGAAAAGACUGGUAUAGAAUUCUGGGUGCAGAACCAUCAGAGAACCUGACUGAACUGAAACAGAAAUAUCAGAAGCUGGUAUUAUUAUAUCAUCCAGACAAACAGAGUGCAGAUGUGCCAGCAGGAGAAGUGGAGGAGCGUGUGCAGAGGUUCAUCGAAAUUGAUCAAGCGUGGAAAAUUCUAGGGAACGAAGAGACAAAAAAAGAGUAUGACCUACAGCGCCGUGAAGAUGAUCUAAUGCAAACAUGGCCAGUGGAUGCUCAAAUUUAUCUUGAAGACAUGUCCUGGAAUAAGGAUGAAGAAUGUUAUACACGCUUAUGCCGAUGUGGUGGGAAGUAUACUGUCUCCAGAAAUGAAGCUGAAGAGGUUUCCUUGGUUUGCUGUGACACGUGUUCAUUAAUUAUAGAGAUCCUUCGAUGAAAUAACAGUUGCCCCACUUGCAUUUGUUGGUUUCAUCCAGCUGAAUAGUCAGUGGACAGAAUCGGUUAGUAAAUGUUUCAGGGGAAAGGUGUGCAUUGCAAGUGCUAGCACACUGUCAGGGCUGAAAAGGAGGGCUUAAAUCUAUUUUCAAGUUUUAACCAGAAGACCUUAAACAAAAGAGCUGUAAGUGCUUCAGUUAAUCAAAUUAGAUACAUUUCUGUACUUAAUAGAAUUUGAACUGUCCUGUGAAAAUGGUGCUUGUUCUGCUUGUUUUCACUGAUUUGAAAACUGUCCUUUUCCUGCCCUAAAAAUGAGUGCUUUCAUCAUUUUUAAUUAAUUUAUUUACAUUCCGUUUGUUUGGUCUAGAUGCCACUCGUUUCUCCCUAAGAUUAUAGCAGUUAUAGCUGGGGGACUACCUUCAGAGUAGCUAAAUCUCACAUUACCAUCAAAGAUGACAAAAGUUACCUUAUAAUACUUAACACUGAAACUGUUACUGGAAUUGGAAGAGAAUGGAGAUCAGCCUAAUAUGUUCAAAGGAAGGAAGGUAAAAUUUCUAGGAAGCAGCUGCUGUACGAAACAAUGGUCCUGUGCCUUUUUAAAAAAUGGUCAAAGUUUUUUAAGCAAUCUUACAAUAUGCAUAUGCAACUGAAUUGAGGGGCUUAUGUGCACAAAGUUGUUACCUCUUUCCUACAUGUCAUGUGUUAGUAGACUCCAGUAGUUAAGAUCAGAGCUAUGUAAUAGUUUAAUGACGUCUCCCAUAUAUUAAGGACUGCAUUUCUGCAAAUGUGCUGUUUGAAGUGUUACUAAUACAGAGUGGUUCUGCCACCUCAAGAAUUUGCAUGGUGACUUGUGUCCAAGAAACAGCUUUGCAAUCAUAGUUUUGUCUAAGUCAUUUGGACUUUUAAUUUAACUACAUUGGUAAUAUUUUAUGAAUGGAAACUUGAGCGUAAGUCCACAAUAGGAUUUAGGCACAAAGUCAAAAAUUUAGAUCCUCAAAGCCCCUGCUCAGCUGCUGCCUAACCCUGCAUGUGGCUAAAAUUUCUAGGUGCCUAAGUUGCCAGUGGUGAAAUCCCCAACAUGCCUACAGUUCUGUGAGUGGACAAGUACAAAGCCACCUAAGUCCUGACACUGCUGAGCUGCUCAGGGUCUGAUUUGGUAGGUGUUCUCAGAGUCUGCCUAAGAGCAUGCCUACUGGAUUGGACCCCACGUAAAACAGGAUGGGUAUAGCAGUAGCCCAGUAGUUGAACACUCACCUGGGAUAUGAGUGAUCUGGAGCAAGGACUUGAACCCAGGUCUAUCCCAUCUUAGAUGAAUAUCCCAAUCACUAGGUUAUAGGGUAUUGUGAGUGAGUCUCUCCUAUUGAUGUUGUUCUACUUAAAUAGUCAUUGGUACAGGGACCAGACCUGCGUCCCACAGAUGAAUAUCCUAACCACUGAGCUAUAGAGUCACUCUCUCUGGCCCAAUUAAUAAUGGCCAUCGUCACUACCCAAUUUUUUUUAUGAGAAAGGGCUGACCUUGCUUAAACUCCCCCUAGAGUUAGACACGUAUGGCUGUGAAUCCCUAGUGAAGAUGGGUGCCCAGCUGCCCUUGAGGGGCAGGGCAACUCAUGCUGUAUAUGUUCUGUGGAAUGUUACUGAAAAAUGACUGGAGUGGCAAAAGAAAGUUAACCUGUCAGCACUAUGGCUACUGCCAUACCAGCAUGGGGUGCCUGAGGACAUAAAAAGCGACAAAGAGUCCUGUGGCACCUUAUAGACUAACAGACGUAUUGGAGCAUAAACUUUCGUGGGUGAAUACUCACUUAGUCAGACUUUUGAGUUAGUCUGGAUCUGUAGAUACAGACUAACACGGCUUCCUCUGAUGAGGACAUAAAGUAUCUAAUAGAGAAACUGCACCAUGGUACAUUUAGCUGCGUGAGGGUCAAUGGCUGUAUUAGAGACUGAUUUUCAAUAGAAUUGGCGUAUAACAGGGAUGUGUUCUCUCACCUGCAUUAUUAUUUAAUGUUCUAAUAGACUAUCUGAUUGAGGACAAUAUAGGAGGUGUGAAACUUAGAUUCAUUUUUUGAGGAUCUCAAGUGUAUGGAUGAUAUUGCCUUACCUGGUAUUGACCAACUACAGCUAAUGUUGGAAGAACUGCAAAAAAUUGCAGAAUCUAUGGGACUUCAGAUUAAUGGUUAUAAAGCCAAAGCCAUGCAUGCCUCCUGUAAAAUGGAAACAAAUGACCUGCCAGUGCUGCAAGUAGAUGUUAAUGACACUGAAUAGGUGAAUAGUUUUAUCCAUUUGGGUAGUCAGUUGACAGCAGGAGGUGCUGUAUCCAGAGAAGUCAUAUGUUAGAUUGGUUUUGCAUUAAUGGCAUUUCACCAUCUUCAGAGCCCUCUAUUUGGGCAGCAGGAUAUGUGUGUUACAAUUAAGAAUUCAAUGCAGUAGCGAUGAUAACUCUGUUAUCUGUAUGGAGGAGAAACAUGGCCAUUAAAAACAACUGAGAAGAGAAUACUAGAUAGUUUUUAGUGUCAAAAGUUAUAGCAUAUUCUUAAAAUCCAUUAGUUUGACUUUUGCCACAGACUAGAUGAACCUGGCAAGUUGCAACAGUUGAGAACAAGUUGACAGAAAUGGUGGGGUCGUGUCCAGUGUGAAAAAGGAGGUACUCUUUUACAGAAGGUUAAUAGAGCUGAGGUUGAAGAAAGCAGAGCAUGAAGCCAGCCAUGAAUGAAGUUGGAAGAUACUAUUUUGAGGGAUUUAAGAAGCCUAAAUCUUCCCAUCCUGACUCUUGCUGAAGGAAGAAAACUUGCAAGGGACCAUUCAAGAUGGAAGUCCUUUCUACGUGCCACCACAGCUACAUCAGAAUCAUGUGAAUCUGCUGCUGCUUCUGCCCCACCACUCUCCUUAGUAUUUUGUUCUGCUUAGCUUGGGUAGCUCCCUUACUCAGCUUGCUGCCUUCUGUUAAUACCAUUCUUAGGUGCUUAGCUCUCCCCAUGCAUUGCAGAGGGAGACUGGGUGCCUAAAAUUAGGCAUUGUGAAGCUGAGCCAAAAUCCCCUGUAAGGGUCUAGCCCUUAGACUUUAAGAUACUUUCUGUGUGAACUCACCAUGAAUGGUUAAAGAAAGCUGAAUAACUUAUUCUGUAAUUACAACAGCAUUUAAUUUCCAUAACUGACUUCAGCAUAUGUUUUAUUCUAGAUGCUAAUAAAGUGAAACUUUAGCUC